UCCUGCCCUUUGACUCGCUGAGGCGCCGCUUCCGCUUGGAGACGUGGCUGUGCGCUGCUGCCAUAUUGGAGCUGCGCUCAAGAAGGCGCUGUGUAGACGCGACAUAUUGAAAAACACUGAAUAAGACGACGGGUACUGAACAGGAUCAUUACUGACCGAAAUUUAAGCACUUUAUCGUCCACACAGACCGAAAAUGGUGCUGUUGGCAGCAGCCGUGUGCACCAAGUCAGGCAAAGCCAUUGUGUCACGGCAGUUUGUGGAGAUGACCCGGACGCGCAUUGAGGGGCUCCUUGCUGCCUUCCCCAAGCUGAUGAACACAGGCAAGCAGCACACUUUCGUUGAGACAGAGAGCGUACGAUACGUCUACCAGCCCCUGGAGAAGCUAUACAUGGUACUGAUCACCACCAAGAACAGCAAUAUCCUGGAGGAUCUGGAAACCCUGAGGCUCUUCUCCCGUGUGAUCCCUGAAUAUUGCCGCAUGCUGGAGGAGAGUGAGAUCUCAGAGCACUGCUUUGACCUCAUCUUUGCCUUUGAUGAGAUCGUGGCUUUGGGCUACAGAGAGAACGUCAACUUGGCCCAGAUCCGUACAUUCACAGAGAUGGACUCCCAUGAGGAGAAGGUCUUCCGUGCCGUCAGAGAGACCCAAGAGCGUGAAGCAAAAGCAGAGAUGAGGCGGAAGGCAAAAGAACUGCAGCAGGCACGCCGAGAUGCAGAACGUUCUGGAAAGAAGACACCUGGUUUCGGGGGAUUCGGCAGCUCUGGCAUGGCCAGCAGUAACUCGGCCACCAUCAUUACAGAUGCUCUCAUCGAGCCAGAGAAGCCUAAGGUGGCACCUGCUCCUGCCAGGCCUAGUGGUUCCAGUAAGGCUCUAAAACUGGUUGCCAAAGGAAAAGAAGUGGAUGACUUUGUGGAUAAGCUGAAAUUGGAAGGAGAAAAUAUCAUCUUUCCCAGCACAGGGAAGAGGCCCUCGGAGGCCUCCAAAGUCUUACCUCCCCCUGUCAACACAGAAAGUGUGCACAUGCGGAUCGAGGAGAAGAUCUCUCUCACCUGUGGGCGUGAUGGGGGCCUGCAGAAUAUGGAAGUUCUAGGCAUGAUCACCCUCAGGGUGUCUGACGAGAAUAACGGCCGAAUCCGCCUCCAAGUCAGCAACAACGACAAGAGGGGUGUUCAGCUGCAGACACACCCCAAUGUGGAUAAGAAGCUCUUCACAGCUGAGUCUCUGAUUGGACUGAAGAAUCCAGACAAGUCAUUCCCCUUAAAUAAUGAUGUAGGCGUCCUCAAGUGGAGACUGCAAAGCACGGAUGAGUCUUUCAUACCACUCACAAUAAACUGCUGGCCCUCUGAGAGCAGCAAUGGCUGUGAUGUGAAUAUAGAAUAUGAGCUUCAGGAGGAUGCGCUGGAGCUCAAUGAUGUUGUCAUUUCCAUCCCUAUUCCGUCAGGAGUCGGAGCACCAGUGAUUGGGGAUCUGGAUGGAGAGUACCGCCAUGACAGCCGACGGAACGUUCUGGAAUGGUGCCUGCCUGUUAUUGAUGUCAAGAACAAGACAGGCAGCCUGGAGUUUAAUGUGGCUGGCCAGCCCAAUGACUUUUUCCCUGUUAAUGUUUCCUUUGUCUCCAAGGGUAACUACUGCGACAUACAGGUCACCAAAGUGUCUCAGGUGGAUGGGAACAGCCCCGUGAGAUUCUCAACAGAGACAUCAUUUGUCGUUGACAAAUAUGAGAUACUGUAAAUGAAAACCAAAAAAACAACGGCCCUGAAAAAUUAAACCGACAGAUUUAAAAUGAAGAAAAAAAAAAUGCUACUAGCCUGUCCGCCUGUUCUGAUAGAAUAUAUGAAUGGGACUCUGCCCAUCAAAAGCCCUCAUCACCAUGGCGUGCAGUAUUUGGUGUAUUUAUACCUUUAUAUGAGUAAAGAAAAUAUAAAUAUAAAUGUAUAGAGAAUGAAAUGAAACAGGAUGUAAGGAAAUGUGCUGCAUCAACAAAGGGGAAUCGCACAGCAAAACAAAGAAGAGUAAUCUAGGGUUGGAGGCGGGACUGCGACGAGGCUAAAGGGGAUCAGGGCACAGAGUUGCAACAUCAGUCUAUGUAUUGUCUUCCCCAGAAAGAAGAAUCCUACAGAAAACAACCAUAUCAGAGGUUACAGGCUGACCUUGUUAAAAUGCGUUGCGAUCAUGUUGACACGCAAAAUGCAAACGGGUUGGCAAACAAGGCUUUCAUGCCACUGGUUUGGCAGAACGAUUCAUUUAUAUAAUGCUACUUUAUAUUCUGAUGUCCAACUGCACUAAAAUUCUGAACAGCUCUACUUUCAUGAUUACUCAUGGGCUAAGAAUGAUACUUAGCUGUGCUGGUAUUUGCUUGGCAACUUGGCCUAACUGUUUUCUUGACAUCUUUGUGAGCAGUGAGUUGAUAUGUACUGGUGACUAUACAGGUGCUAUAUGCGAUUGCAAUCUGCAGUAGAUGUCAGCAGUGGUACAAAGGUUUCCUGCCUGAACAUGGUCAUUUACACACAACUUGGGUUGUUUAGAAGACUGUUGAAUGACUUAUUGCAUACACUCAUCAUAGAAGCUAUGAUAGCAUCCUACGUAACAUGAGAUGUUUAGCUACAUCUGUGCUCUCAAACUCCUUUAUAUACUGUCAGAUGUGCUUCGCAGGAAAACCAUUUUUUCUUACAAGGUCCCAGAGUUGGACAAUAAUAUCUUUGUUCCAGAGAUUCCAGAGUCUGAUGAGCCAGUUUAACUGAGUGCACACCAUGUAUGUGAACAUGCAAGUGCAAUGUAGUGGAAUUCCUACAAACACACAAAACCUGGUUAGUCUUACAUGUUAGGGCUGCUGUUGACUGGUUGGUCUGUACAACAGCUGGUGUGGUUUGCUUAGUUAAAAAGUGGAUACUAUCAGCUAACUCGUGUUAUGAAGGAUUAGCUGCUGUCUUAAUGUGUAGAAGUGGUCAGUGUCCUCUUGGAGCGAAGAUUAACUGCCACGUGAAGCUUACUAAGGACAUAGACUGUAUAAGAACAUGAAAAGAAAUGGGAAAUUGAGGAUGUGCCACACAGAAAAUAUAAAUCUGCUCUCCAUUUUUAGGAUAAUAAAUUCUCAUUCCCUGACCUUAGUUGGAGACCUCAGUUGAUAUUACUGUGGAUCUUUUAUUUCUACAUGUGAGAGAGACAGUAAUUUGCAUCUCCAUUGAAUUUGGCACCCUUCCCUCACAAGCUUGACAAGUAUACUCCAGAAAUUGGAAUAGUAUGCUCAUCAAAGGAAAUUCAACAAAUGUACCUAGGAGCAAUUAAAUCAGGGGUUCUUAUUGAAUAAAAUUCUUGUGGCUUUCCUGUAGCUCUCCCACUCCUCAGAGAAUGUCAGUUGUCAUUGGGGCAGACUCAUUUGGUCAUUGUGAGUAGAAAUUACUUUAGACCUGAAUGUCAGUCUAGAUUGAAGAAAGAAAAAAGAAUGACUUUUCUGUUUGUAAAAAAAUUUUGUUAGGAUUGUGGGUAGGGGAGAGGAGGGAAGGUGGGAAGUAAAUUUGAAACUUUUUUAG